GAUGGAUGGUUUAUAUGGAAAAUGUGCAAAGUGCUCGCGGUAUAAUACUUCCUUUGCCUGGUGUCAGUCGUGUGAUCCUUUUAAAACCACUCAAGGAUGGACUAGUGGAGAUAAUGAUAUCGAUAAUUGUAUUAAAGAAUUUCAACUUAAAAGUACAAGCUACGAAAGCGUAAUUGAGUGGAUCCCAUUUGACAGGUUAUAUAACGUGCAUAAAAUAGAGGAAUCGAAAUUUCAGGCUCAAUGGUUAGAUGGAGUUCGAAAGAUCAAAAAUAAAGAUGAAAAGCAUACACUGUACGGAAUAACACAGGAUACAAUAACCGGUCAAUACAUGGUUGUGUUUGAUGAUUUUUAUUCCAUAAGGAAUAUUAUAUAUGGAUAUUGUACACAGUGUGAAGGGUUUGAUACUUCAGAAGCCUGGUGUCAAUCAUGUGACCCUUUUAAAACAACUCAAGGAUGGACUA